AUGGACAGUUCCAGAAUGAACUCGUUCUUGGAAUACACAACUUGCAACAGGGGAACAAACGCUUACUCCAACACCAAGUCUGGAUACCAUCACUUGGAUCAGGCUUUCCAGGGCCCCUUUCAGUCCGGUGACAGCUAUAACUCUGAUGGACGACUUUUCGUAGGGGGCAGCUCGUCGCCUUCUACCGCACAACAUCAGCACCAGAGCGGAGGCUACGUACAUCACCAGCACCAAACCCACACAAGUGGCAUGGGCCUCCCUUAUUGUGGCACAGGGUAUGGAGCACAGGCAGCUGCCACCACGGACUAUAGCCAUCAUCAGUAUUUUAUGAACCACGAUCAAGAUGGAAUGUAUUUUCAGUCCUCUGGAUACGCUUCUUCAAAUGUAGGGCCUAGUUAUGGCUCUGUGGCCGGUGCGUACUGCGGCACACAGGGUGCUGUUCCGACAGCGCCAUAUCAUAUGAACAGUUGCGAAGGCCAGGAUCACCAACACCUAUACAGUCAUGGAACAUAUGGAGACUUAUCAUCCUGCGAGGAGAAAGACACGGGCUCAGAACAAAUGCCAGGGAAAACCUUUGACUGGAUGAAAGUUAAAAGGAACCCUCCAAAAACUGCUAAAGUGACCGAAUACGGUUUGGGUCCUUCAAACACAAUCCGCACAAAUUUCACAACGAAACAGCUUACAGAGCUCGAAAAGGAGUUUCACUAUAGUAAAUACCUGACCCGGGCAAGACGGGUGGAAAUCGCAGCUACCCUCGAACUGAACGAGACACAGGUGAAGAUUUGGUUCCAGAACAGGAGAAUGAAGCAAAAGAAACGUGAAAAAGAGGGACUCGCAACAUCCUCUUCUAUCUUAUGUAAGGACUCAGAGGAAAACUCAGAUCAUUCCACAUCAACAUCUCCAGGCACGUCUCCAAGUCCUGAUGCUUGA